AUGAAGUUCCUCGCUGGCCUCGCUGCUCUCGCCUCCGUCGCUGCUGCGGCGCCCUCCGCACCCACGCCGCUGGAUGUCCAGCUUGAGAUGACGGGCAACUCUCAAGUCAAGGCCACCAUCACGAACCAUGGCAAGAACAACCUGAGAAUCUUCAAGACUGGCACUAUUCUGGACAAGUCUGCCAUCCAGAAGGUUCAGAUCACCGGCGAGGGCAAGGACGUCUCCUUCCACGGCAUCCGUCAGCGCAUCAGCACCCGCAACAUCAAGGAUGAGGCGUUCCAGAACAUUGCUGCCGGCCAGUCCAUUUCCGUCACCUUCGAUGUCGGCCACGUCCAUGACCUCUCCGCGGGCGGCAAGUACAACCUCCUGGCCCAUGGCGCCCUCGAAUUCGCCAACGAGGGAGACAACAAGCUCAUUGGAUCCGUCCCCUUCCACUCCAACAAGCUCGAGGCGACUGUCGACGGAGCCAGGGCUGCCUCCGUACUGGGCGCGUUCGCUCAGAACGUCAAGCGCACGCAGCUCCAGAGCGACUGCACCGGCGACAGACUCUCCGUGACGCAGACGGCGCUGAAGAACUGCGCGCAGCUCGCGUCCGCCGCCGCCGAGGCCGCCAAGUCCGGCGACGCCGCCAAGGUCGAGGAGUACUUCAAGUCCUCCGACAGCCAGGUGCGCGACACCGUUGCGGACGUCCUCACCAAGGUCGCCGGCGAGUGCGGCUCCACCGAUGGCGGUGUCUCUAAGUACUACUGCACCGACGUUCAGAACGGCUGCGAGCCGCAGGUCCUGGCCUACACGGUCCCCAGCCAGAGCUUCCAGGCUUACUGCGACCUGUACUUCAGCGACCUGCCCGACCUUGCGUCUUCCUGCCACCAGCAGGACAAGGCCACGACCAACCUUCACGAGACUACCCACCUGAGCCAGAUUAAGGGCACUGACGACCUCGGCUACGGCUACGACAACGCCAUGAAGCUGUCCACCCAGGACGCCCUCAACAACGCCGACACCUACGCGCUCUUUGCCAAUGCCAUCAACCUGAAGUGCUAA